AUGGCACCUCACCCCUUCAAGACCCUUAAUGUGGAGGAGACACGGAUUGCCCGUGAUACUGUCCUCUCCCUCCACGAUGGAAAACUCGUGGACUUUAGAGAGAUCUACCUCCAAGAGCCUGAGAAAGAGGUGAUGAAGCAAUAUCUUGACCUCGAACACGCAGCACGACCCGGCCAAUCACCGACAUCAGUAAGGCCGCCUCGUCUGGCCAAGGUCCAGUACGACGUGAUUGGCUCAGAUAAGAUUCCAGAGUAUCAUGAAUCUGUCAUCAAUAUCGAGACGAAGCAAAGAGUUGGCCACGAGGUUGUGGGCAAGGAGAUGCAUGCCAGUUUGACACUCUGGGAAUUUGCAGCCGUUGUCGAGGCAUGCAAAAGGAGCGACAUGUUUCAGAAGGCUAUUGCCGAAUUCAAACUCCCCGAGGGCUUCGAAUUGGUAGUUGAGCCAUGGCCAUAUGGAGGGCUUGACUUUGGUUCUGAGAACAGGCGGUAUUUCCAAGGCUUGUGUUUUGCCCAGGAUAUGCGGAACGGAAACCCAGAUUCCAAUUUCUAUGCCUACCCGUUGCCUCUCAUCCCCGUCAUGGACGCAAAAACAAAAGAGAUUGUUCGCAUCGAUCGUCUAGCCACCGGUGGCAAGGGCGACCCUCUUGCCGGCCAAACCCACAACGAGCGCAUUCUCGACCACAUCAGGGGCUCGGAAUAUAUUCCUGAACUUCUCGAGGGCGGAACUCGCAAAGAUGUCAAGCCCAUCAACAUCACACAGCCCGAAGGCCCGUCCUUUACUGUCAGAGACGAAUCGCUGGUCGAGUGGCAGAAGUGGCGCUUCCGUGUGUCCUUCAAUCCCCGUGAAGGAGCCGUCCUUCAUGAUGUGCACUACGAUGGCAGAAGCAUUCUAUACCGCAUGAGUAUCAGCGAAAUGACUGUGCCUUAUGGUGAUCCCCGCCCGCCAUUCCACCGCAAGCAAGCCUUUGAUUUCGGGGACGGUGGGGCAGGAAACUCGGCCAACAACCUGUCUCUCGGCUGUGACUGCCUUGGUGUAAUCAAAUACUUCGACGCCGUCGUCGUCAGCUCCGAUGGUGAGCCAAGAGUCCAUCCCAAUGUCAUCUGUCUGCACGAGCAGGACAACGGAAUCGGCUGGAAGCACACCAACUGGCGGACUGGCCGCGCAGUCGUGACGCGCAUGCGAGAACUCGUCGUCCAAUUCAUCAUCACCCUUGCCAACUACGAGUACGUGUUUGCGUACAAGCUUGACACUGCCGGUGGCAUCACGCUCGAAGUCCGUGCCACAGGCAUCGUCUCUGUGGUCAACAUCGACCCCGGCAAGACGUCCGAGUACGGGAACAUCAUGUCUCCAGGCGUGCUUGCGCAAAACCACCAGCACAUCUUCGCCGCACGCAUUGACCCUGCCAUCGACGGCCACAAAAACACCCUCCUCUACGAAGAAUCCCACACCGCGCCCUGGAACAAGGAGACCAACCCCAACGGCAACCUCUACACCAUCCACAAGACCAUCCUCGACAAAUCCACAGGCGUAGACGCAAACCCCUUUGACCACCGCGUCUUCAAGAUCAUCAACCCGGCCGUCAAAAACCCCACGUCUGGCAACCCCGUCGGCUACAAGUUUGAGCCGCUGCCGACGCAGAAGAUUUUGGCUAGCCAGGGCAGCAUUCAGGCCCAGCGUGCCCUGUUUACAAACCACCAUGUCUGGGUUACAAAGUACAAGGAUAAUGAAUUAUACGCCGCCGGCCGGUUUACACUGCAGAGCCAGCUGGAGCAAGGAGGCGUGCACGACAUGGCUGCGCGAAAAGACGAUGUUGCGAAUGAAGACCUGGUUAUUUGGAAUACCUUUGGUCUCACGCAUAACCCACGUGUCGAGGAUUGGCCGGUUAUGCCGGUGGAGAUUUACCAGAUCCAUUUCAAGCCCAGCGAUUUCUUCGAGAGGAAUCCGGCGAUUGAUGUGCCGAGCACCAAGAAUGAAGCGAGUGUGUUGGUGGACAAGGACUGCUGUUCGGGCGAGAAGUUGUAG